AUUUGCCAUGUGUGUCUAGAACUCUAGCCAUGUGCGAAUCGGAGUCGAGUAGUGACGAUGGCGAUUCAAGCGAUUUUUUGGGCUUAAAAGACUCAGACUGGGACUCGAAACUGCAGGAAGCGACAGACAAAGCAUACGAGUUUCUAAAAGCCGACCUAGCUUUACGUGAAUCUGCGACAGAGCUCGUAACUAAGGACUUUGGCCCAGCGAUCGAGUCCCAACCUCAACCGGCGAAUGAAAAGCGGCUGCACAGUUCCCGAUAUCCUAACCUAAAACGAACCUCGGAAAGUAGCGCGUGCUUCGCAAAAGCCAAGCAGGCAAAGCUAGAAACCAAGCAAGAUGAUUCCUUACCUGCUAAACAUUCUGCUUCACCGCGGGGCGCCUUGGAUACUUCCAUCGUACUCUCUGACGAAGGGUGGAGUAACGCCGCCGAGUACAACGCACGGACAGUGACAAGCUCUUUUCGACGCAUCAAAGCGCACGAUAAAGCGCUUGUGGCCACUUCCUGGGCUCCGGAGCCUUUCGGCAAACUUCUGCUGACUGCGUCUCACGACGGCCAUGUCAAGCUGUGGCAGUCGACGACCGGAAAGUGCGUUUACGAUCUUCCUAGCGAGGACGGCAUCAGAAGCGCCCGCUUCACGUUGUGCGGUAGAAGGUUAUUGCGGUGCGGGUGGGACCGGCAAUCGAUCGUCGUAGACCCGACGUCGAACGCCGUGGUGUUUUCGUGUCGACCUUCCCAGGGCCUUCCUACGUGCGUACGCCUGGACCCGUCGAACGAGUCGACUUUCUUUGUGGGGAGCAGGGAUGUCGCAGAGCAGUGGGACAUGCGUCGAAGUCCAGCAGGAAUGGCCGUGCGGACGUUUUCCGUCUCCUGCGGAGAGGUGCUAGACCUGCUGCCUCUUCGUGGCGGGCUAGAACUGGCCUGCAGCGGUGACCUCGUUACGAGAGAUUCGUGCGAGGCCGCUCUCUCCGUGUGGGACGUGGGUUCCGGCGCACGACUGUCCGGUCAGCUGUACCAGGAGCGAUACACCAUUCCUUGCCUCGAGAGUCUGUCCCCGAACACCAUAUUGGCGCAGACCAACGGGGAUUACAUUGCCAUGUUCCAUGCCGAGCGACCAUAUCGGCUCAACAAGCGGAAGCGUUUCGAAGGUCACAAAGUGUCUGGUCAUCCAGUGAGGUGCACCGCGUCACCAGACGGUGCGCUUAUCUGCAGCGGUGACGCAGAGGGUGUCCCGCACAUCUACUCGGCACGGCACGUGACCGCGGUUGGUGUCGUAUCGCUGACGGGUGAUAACACGCCCGCUACGCAUCCUGACUGGCAUCCUAGUCGUCCUGGCUUGUUGUCGAUUGGUUGCGCAGACGGGUACGUGCACUUGUGUCGUUAACCUCCCAAUAAAAAUCGUAAUUCCCA